AACAGAGAUGAGAUACAGAAUUUGAUAGGAGAUAUGUGCAGGAGAUAGCCUAAUUCCCUCUUUGCGUUCAAGGAACAACAUGACUAAACUGCCCUCCUCUUAUCCAGGCUCCAGGCUCUGGAGAGUGGACUCCCCUACUUUAGACUCCGAGUGUCUCCAUGCCGUGGAAGCUCCGCACACUCACUUCACUUCCCCGUAGGUGCUGGUAGUAACGUCAUGAUGUGACUCGUGACCUCACAUCUAUCAGCAUUGGCUCUGGCUCCUGUCUCUCGACGCCGCUUUGUCCGUGCCAGCCCAGAUGUUUCUCCACUCCACUCCCUCUUGAUGCAAAAAAUGGCAAAGAACACGCAGCAGCCAAGAUGCCUGCUGUGCAUGCAGAAAAGAUGGCGGCGCGAGAUCAGGCGGGAUGUCGUCGUCCAAGAAGUCCCGGUGGUACCAGCGCGCGGUGGAGGUGCUCCUCCUCCUCGUCUGGAAGCAGCCGGCGGCGGGCGGGGCCAAGGCAUCGCCGACGAAGGCCGCGGCGGCAUCGGGGGUGACGGCCGCCGGCAAGGGCACGGCGCUGGCGACGGGCCCCGGGAAGCUGCGCAGGUCUUCGUCGCUGAACGUGGCGGCGUCGUUCACGCGGGUGUGCCUGUGCGCGCCCAUCUCCUCGUACAACAGCGAGUCGCUCUACUGCUUCCAGGCCGACGCGGCGGCGCCGCGCCCGAGCUACAGCUACCCGCGCGCGUCGUCCGCGUCCGCGUCGGCGUCCGGGUGCGCGAGCCCGCUGGCGGCGGCCGAGCUGCAGGCCGCCGCUGGGCGGGGGAGGCCGGCCGCGGGCAAAGGAGGAGGCGGCGGCGAGGGCGCCCGCCGCGUGUUCCGCGGCAAGUCGCUGACGGACGACGUGCUGAUGCGGCGGUUCGUGGUGGACGAGGAGGCGGCGCGGCGGCGCGACGAGAUGGAGGUGGUCCGCCGGCGCCAGGCGGCGGUCUCCAGGCGCCGGCGCCUCGGCCCCAGCCCGCUCAGCCGUAUGGCGCUGGCGGAUGCGGAGUCGAAAGCCGAGGAGGAACCGGAAGCGCCGGCGGCGGCAGCGCCUGCAGCAGCUGCGAGGGGGACGGAUGAUCGCGUGGCAGCUGCAGGAGCGUAGUAGCAUGGCGGACCUUUCACUGUGUCCUGUCUCCUGUGUCCUUUCGAUCGGCUCGCCGUCGUCGCCUCUGUCUUUUUCCUCUGUCGUUUUCCUCUUCUGCUCUUGCUGACAUGCGCUGCGAGAAGGAGAAUCUGGAGCAACGCACAGUUUUAACACAGAACAGUAGCCUCUGCGCCCUC